AUGGAGUCCACCGCGCACUCCACUGUGCCCUUUGAGCACAGCGCACGCAAUUCAAACACGCCAACGUCUUCCUCAGCGACCGACCUCAAGAGGAAGCGCCGCAGCCUAUCCGGCGAUCCCACCACACAUCCCGCCUCGGCCCCUCCGCCCAAAGCCGCAAAGCCGAACAAUCACCUCCAGAUAAACUAUCUCGCGCGACAGUAUCAGGAAGACCUACCGCUAGUUAGCAGCGAUGAUACGCUCCCUUCCAUCAUCGCCCUCCUCGGCGAGUACCAAGGCGUCCUCGAUCGCCAUGAGAGCAUGGCGUGCAACCUCGGCGCCCGUCCGCUCGGCCCAAUUCUCAUCAAGCGCUUCGAACGACUCUUCGACGGUCCUCCAAAGGUACUCAAGACUCACGGAAAGGAGGGCACGACUGUAACAUGGCUGGAUGUUGUGGAGUUUGCGCGGAACAAGCCCGAGCAAUUCACCUUGGCGCAGAUGAGCGAAGGCGCGCGGGUGUGCCAGUUCUAUACAAAGCAGUGUCGCGUGCAGAUUACCGAGGAAGAUUUCGUCUUGAUCAACAGCGGUAUACCCCAGAAGAUGAUCCCGCCGCAGCCGAUUGUCGAAGAUGAGGAGAAGGAGCUGGGCACACUGGAGAUUCUCGAGAAGAACUUGCAGCAGAUCUGUCACCUGGCUGAUCAGGUUGCGGCACGCACUCGCCAGCUGAACCACCGUCUCAAGGGCCGCAAACAAGCCAUCCUCGAUCGACGCGCAAGCGACAGCCCAGUCGCCAUCCGCGCCUCCAGUCCCUCCAACAUUGCCCUGAUGAACGGUCUUGGGGCUCCAGCGUCCGCUAUACAGCCGACACACUCACCCGGCUUCGUUGCCGUCAACUCGCGCGCGCCCUCCGACCAAAACGGUGCCGUGACCUCUGAGCAUACUCAGCACUCUCCUCACAACGGCAACAGCGGCGCCUCAUCAGCCACGCGCUCAGAGCUCCUCUCCAAAUUCCACACCCUCGCCGACAGGCGUGCCGCGUCUGCAAGCAGCAUCCCCACGCUGCCUCCCAACGGCGGCGAGCUCCGCCGCAUGUCCAACACAGCCCUCCCUGCAUCCCAGAGCGCGGCCACGACACCGGGAAUCGCCUCCUCCAGCACCGCGAAAGCCUCCAAAUCAGCACCAGCCUACACGGACGCCGACUACGCCUCCCUCCUGCACGCCGCCUCGCCCGACCCAGCCCACAACUCCGGCCUCCCCAGCCUGUACAACCCGGCAAGCGCGCCCUUCGCGCCUCGGCCUAAACCAUCGCACCAGGCGCCGCCGCACCUCACGCACUCGCACUCCCAUUCGCGGCCCUCGCCGGCCCAUGAGAAAGACGAUGGGGGCCCGUACAAAGCGGCCAUGGUGGCUCGCAUGGAGGGAAUCCAGAAGGGCGAUCGUGUGCUUCCGCCCUGCGACCGCUGCAGACGGCUGCACAUGGACUGUCUGAAGAACCUGACGGCGUGUAUGGGCUGUACGAAGAAACACGCAAAGUGCUCUUGGAAGGAGGUCAGGGAUGUGGAGCUGAGGGCUUACCCGACUGGUAGCGGAGCCGGGGCCGGGGCCGUGGCCGUCGAACUCCCGAGCCCGUCUUCCUCUGUCGCCGCGCUGUCGGGAAUGGCAGGCAGGCCCCGCUACAGCGCCGGCUCGUACGGCAUCAGCGGCGUCGGGGCCGGGGCCGGGGGCAGGGACAGCGAUGCCGAGCACGACGUGCGCAACGCCGGCGCAGAAGGCGAGGGCGAGGGCGAAGGCGACGCGCACAGCGCGCCGAGCGUCGGCACGCCGCCCGAGCUGCGCGACGAGCAGCGUGCCAGAUGGCUGCAGCAACCUCUCACGCCUGGCCCUGCGGUUUCCUACGCGCCGCCGCCCGUUGCGCAGAUGGUGCCGGUGCCGGGGGCGGGGGCGGGAGCGGGAGCGGUGGCGCGGUAUCGCGAGCUGCCGUCGGCUGAUGUGGUGGCGCGGCUGGCGAGCGCGGCGAGUGCGGUUGCGGCGGCGGGCGUGGAUAUGGAUGUGGAGGCGGGGAGGGAGUUGGCGAGGGAAGCGGAGGGCCAGGGGGAGGAGGGGGUGGGGAUCAGGUCGUGA